AUGGGCUGUGCUGUAGGGUCUGGCGAAGAAUCCGAUUCGCGAGAUUGGUUCCCAUAUGGCAGCUGGAUAUCUGUACCCUUUGCAGUAGAGUUGUCAUCGUUCAGUGCCGUAGCAGUCUUGGACGUGCUGACAUCAGCGUCACCUGGAGGCGCUGUCGUUGUUGCAGGCAUGACGGUAUCAGAUCUAUCUAGUGAUAGCAUGGUUGUCUGGGAGAUGGGCACGUUUGAAGUCCUCGAUGGAGAUGCGGCCCAUGUUGAGCUUGUGGUGAGGGUUGUCCCGGCGGACAAACCAAAGAGAGUCUGGGAAGCUAAUUGGCUAAGACCAAUGCUGUCAAGACUGGCAGUAUAG